AAUUAAUAAACAAAUGGAGAUACUUGACAUUGCUGAACAGUAUUGUUGUCUAAUUAAUUAUUUAAUAUUUUAGUUAUUUAAAAAAAUUAUUAAUUUAUUUAGAUUAGAUUUAGUAAUAAUGAUUUUAAUUAUAUAUAAAUAUUAAGUAUUAUGUUAUUUUAUUAAACGGAUAAAAGUGAGAGUUUUUAGCGAUUAGAUUAAUAUGGAUCAAUCGAGAGACAAUAUUUCUGGAAAAAAUCUAGCUGAUAAAAUUGGACAAUUGUUGUCUGAAAAACAACUCAAAAUUAGUGUUGAUAAAUUUCAAGAAACAUGUAAUAAUCCAAGUGUUCAGCCGUUUUUAAAAUGGUUUUGCCAACACGUUGGUCCAGAUAACAUCCUGUCAAAAAAAGAAAUUCAGUUGAAGAAAAAUUUGAAAGAAACUAACGUUUGGUUAACUGGAGAUAAAUUAGAUGGAGCAUUAUCAAAUGCCCUGAGUGAUCAUCCCCAGCUUUUAUCGAAAGUUGAUAAAAAUUUUAAUUACGAGACUGAACUUUCCAGGACAUGCGAUGCCGAGAAAGAAGCUUAUGAUGAAGAUCUUAAAUAUCAAAGUUCUUUAAAUAACUCAUUCAAGAGAUUAAAAGAACUUGAACUGAAACAAGAAGAGAACAUAGAAAAGGAGGAAGCAAUCCUGGAGAAACUUGAAAUUAAAAAUUACAAAGCGUACAAUGACUGUGUUCAUAUUAUGGAAGAAUACGAUUCGCUGUUACGAGAAGCUAAUCUGUUAUUACAGCAUGCGUUGAACGUUUACAGCGAUGCAGCAGAAAAGAGAGGGCCUGUAAUUUGUUGGACACAAGUACCAUUAAAUAUAUACAUAAAACAACUAGACACUUACAACAAUUAUCUUGAAUUUUAUAUAAAAAAAAAGUAUCCAAUGUUUGGGAAACUUUUUUCAACUAAUUCAUCUAGCGAUGACGAAGCGGAAGGUUAUGAUCUGAGUAUUGAUUCAUCAAAAGAAUUGGAAGCGAAACAAUGUGAAGCAAAGUUAGCAAAGGCGGUAGCAAAGAAAACAGAUGUUGAAAUCGAACGGUCUACAGGAGAAGCGACAAUCAUGCGUGUCAUUGAAAUUUAUAAUAACGGUGAAAUAAAAAUUCCUCAAACAGAUGCUCAAAUCAAUUCAGAGAUAGCAGAUCUUAAAGCUAGAAGAGAUAUUUUAUUACAAAGUAAUACGUUAUUAGAGCACGAAUUGAAAGAUUCCAUUGAUACCUAUGGUGGAAUGGUUGUCUCCGAAGUAGUUGUUGGCAUCUACGAGUCCCGAUUGCAACAUAAAAAUAUACAACUUAAACAAUUACAAGAUAUUUUAUAUAUAACUAGAGACAUGGGUCACGCUCACUCAGAUUUACUCGCUAUUUUAAUGCAAUUACAGUUACACAAGCUACUGCGUCUUAAGCGAUUUGUUCCUGACGCUCAAUCAAAUUUAAAUACUAUCUAUGGGCAAUCAUCUAAAAGACGCGAAUUAUUGAAAAGCCUUCAAACUCAGUACAGUACGAUAGCUUCAUCUACGCCGUGUAAUCAAAAUAUUUAUAACAAAUUAUUUUCAAAACUGGUUUCGGGAGAUAAAAAUUCUGGAGAUUUAUUUGAAUCAUCAGUAAAACAAUACAGUGAAAUCAUUGCUGAGAAUAAAAGUCUGAAACAACAACUUUUAGAGGAUUACUUUUAUAAUAAAUUAGAAAAAUUGCAAUCAUUAGAAAAUCAAGUAAUGGUAAUAUACAAUAAUGAAUUAAAUAGCGGCCCAACUAGGAGUUUUAAAUUUAUGCCUAAUAAAUUGGUUAUUCAAUUUGAAAAUGUUCUGACAGAUGUGGAAAAUAAUCAACAAGAUUUCAAUCAAAUAAGAAGAAAAUUUAAAAAGCUUUUGGAAAAAAUAAGUCAAAAUUCUUUAGAACGCGAUAAAGAAAUUUUGUGGCAGAGAUUUUUAGCAGAUCCCCAAACUCUUAAACAAAUAUACGACCAAGCACAGAAUGAAUUAAACCGCUCCCAUUUUAGAAAUACUUUAUUAAAUGAAUAGCUCAAUUAAUUAUUAUUUUUAUAAUUAUACAUCGAUAUUUGUACAAUUGCUAAUAAAUUUAAUCAAAAUUACAUAACUAAUAAA